AUGGCUAAACAAAAACAAAUCAAUAAAAAAGGAAAAAAAGAUUAAAAAAAUAAAAAAGAAACUUAAAAUGAAUAUGAAAAAGAUGAAUAAAAAAAACAAUAAAAAAAUGAAGAAAACACUAAUGAAAAUCAACAAAUAGACGAUUUAUAAACUUAAAAAAUAACAUUAUAUAAUUUACUUGAUGUCCCAAAAACAGCAUCUAUUGAAGAAAUUAAAAAAGCUUAUAAAUAAUUAGCCUUGAAAAUUCAUCCUGAUAAAAAUAAAGAUGAUCCUACAGCUAAAGAAAAAUUUUAAAAAAUUGUUGAAGCAUAUAAUAUUUUAUCAGAUCCAAAUAAGAAAAAAGAAUAUGAUGAAACAGGAUCAUAUGGAGAUGAUUUUAAUUAAUAAGCUUUUGAAUCUGCUUAUUCUUUUUAUAGAAGUAUAUAUAAAAAAGUUGAAAAAAAAGAUAUUGAUGAUUUUGCUACAAAAUAUAGAAAUUCAGAUAUGGAAGAAGAAGAUUUAAUUAACUUUUAUAAUGAAAAUAAAGGAAAUAUUAAUAGUAUAUUAGAGUGUAUUCCUUUAAGUAGAAAUGAAGAUAUAGAUCGAUUUAUUAAAAAAUAUGAAUAAUUAAUAAAAGACGGAAAAAUAAAGAAUUUAAAAGCUUUUUCUACAAGUUAGAAACAAAUUAGUUUAUUAGAUGAAAAUGAAGAAGAGGGAUUUUAAGAAGCAAAUGAUGAUCUUAAAGAAUUAACUAUGUAAAUUUUAAGUAAGAAAUAAAAUUAAAUGAGCUUUUUGGAUAUGAUUGAAUAAAAAUAUUCGUAGAAAUAAAAUAAAAAAACGAAAAAAUAAAACGUUGAGAACAAUGAACAGGAGAAUUAAAAUGGUAAUAAAGUUCAAUAAAAGAAGCUUAAAAAAAAAUGA